GAGCACUUGGAUGAAGUGGCUGGGUGUGAAAUAGCUUUCUUCUAUUUGAGUGUCAGAAAAUUUGUGUCUUGUCUAUGCUUGAUUCAAGACGAUUUUGCAAUCCUUUUGCAGCUAUAUUCCGGGAAAAGCAGCGUGUGGUGUGUCUGGUUUGCUCUUGCACUUUCCCUGUGUCGGUCUUCAGUCUUUAAAUAACACAUCAUCCAUCAUCCAUCAUCCAUCAAAACAAUCUACCAACAUGGCCAAUAUGAAGAUCAUUCAGCCGUCCAUCAUGAGUCAAUUCCCCACCAGCAACCCCACCCGAGACAGUAUCAUCUUGAUCCUAAGCGGCAGCUUUCUCCUCUACAUUCUCAUGCUUAAAAUCAUCCUCUCUUACCAACGGAGGAAAUUCGCCAAACAAAACCACUGUCUCCCUCCCGCCUCCUACCCUCACAUAGAUCCCAUCUACGGAUUCGACCUCGUCGUCUCCAACAUUCUCGCGGCACGAAAAGAUAAAUUCAUCGAAACAUACCAGAAACGAUUCCAAUCACUCGGCGUGAAUACCUACUCCUCUUUAUUCUUUGGCACGACAAUGAUCAACACUGUUGAUGUGGAAAAUAUCAAAACAAUAUUGGCUACCGGAUUCAAAGAUUAUGAACUGGCAUCGCGGAGGAAAGAUGCCAUGAUGCCUAUUUUUGGAAAGGGGGUUUUUAUAUUGGAUGGAAAGGACUGGGAACACUCUCGAGCGAUGCUGCGGCCAAACUUUGUGAGGAGUCAGGUUGCUGAUUUGAGUGUUUUCGAGAGACAUAUUCAGAAAUUGAUCAAGAGAAUUCCGGCGAAUGGCGACACGGUGGAUUUGUCAAAGUUGUUUUUUAUGUUGACGAUUGAUUCGGCUACGGAAUUCCUUUUCGGUGAAAGUACUGAGACGUUGGACGAAACAAAGGCUGAUUCGCCUGGGCAUCGAUACUCGGAAGCUUACGAUUAUCUUAGUGAACAAACCAGCAAAGAAAUUCGUCUGGGCAAAUUCGCCAAUUUUUUCCCCAACAAAAAAUACUCAGAUUCUUUAAAAUACGUCCAUUCCUACGUCCGCACUUACGUAGAUAAAGCCCUCGCUCUCCAGAUCUCCUCCCCCCCUCAAAAAUCGGAAUCCACAGAUCAAGACCGCUACAUCUUUCUUGAGGAACUCGCCAAAUCCGGCCAAAGCGCUUCCAAAAUCCAAGCAGAGUUACUAAACAUUCUACUCGCUGGACGUGAUACUACUGCAAGUUUACUUACCGUUCUAUUCAUGAUACUUUCACGUGAAAAGAAUGUCCUUGCAAAAUUAAGGAAAGAGGUUAUGAGUCUAGAAGGAAGAAAUCCGACUUUUGAAGAGAUCAAAGAUAUGAAGUAUUUGAAAUGGUGUAUUAAUGAAACAAUGAGACUCUACCCCAUUGUCCCAACCACAAGUCGUGUUGCAAUACGAGACACGGUACUUCCUCGAGGCGGCGGGCCUGAUGAAAAAUCUCCAACCAUGGUCAAGAAGGGAGAUUUGGUACAAUGGAGUUCCUACGUAUUGCAUCGAAGAACGGAUAUCUAUGGAGAAGAUGCCGAUCAGUUCCGACCUGAGAGGUGGGAGAAAUUGAGAGUCGUCUGGGAAUAUAUCGCGUUCAGUGGAGGACCACGUAUUUGUAUUGGACAGCAAUUUGCACUGACAGAGGCAUCAUAUACCACGAUCCGUCUUCUGCAAACUUUCCCCAAAAUCGAAGCGAGAGACGACAACCCCUUCACGGAAUGGUUGACACUGACUAUGUCGAACAAGUGGGGAUGUCAGGUUGGAAUGUUUAGAUAGGUUGGGUGCGAAGAGAGAGGAGCGAGGGAGAGAGAGAGAGAGAGAGAGAGAGAGAGAUCAAUGAAGCAAGUAUUGAUGAGAUACGAGGCGGGAAAUCGUUCAGAAAAGUUCAAGGAAGUAAGAGAUUCAAAUAGCUGAAUUAGCAAAAAUGCAACAACGACUUCAUCAUUUUAUAAUUGCAACA